AACUCUUUUGUCCCCUAUUUAAGCCUCAUGCACAAGAGAAGAUGUUCAGAGAAGCUAGAGCCACGGGUCCCAGACAUGCCCACCUCAGCGAGGCCAACAACAUCUGUAGGUUCCCCCAUGGCCCUGCCCUGCUCCUUCUUGGUGCUCCUGGUGGUGCUCACUUGCCACUCCCUCGGCUCUCUGGGAUGUGACCUGCCUCAGGACCACGGCCUGGUGCCCUGGAGGGCCUUGAUGCUCCUGCAACGAAUGAAGAGACUGUCUGCUAGCUCCUGUGACAACUACACAAACGACUUUGGCUUCCCCCAGGAGGCGUUUGAUGGCAAGCAGCUGCAGAAGGCUCAAGCCCUCUCUGUCAUCCAUGUGAUGAACCAGAAGACCUUCCACCUCUUCUGCACAGAGGCCUCACCUGCUCCUUUGAACACGACACUCCUGGAGGAAUUGUGCUCGGGACUUUCUGAGCAGCUGGGCCGCCUGGAAGCCUGUCCCCUGCAGGAGGCGGGGGUGGGAGAGACGCCCUUCGUGAAUGGGGACUCCAUCUUGAGGAACUACUUCCAGAGAAUCUCCCUCUAUCUGCAAGAGAAGCAAUACAGCCCUUGUGCCUGGGAGAUGGUCCGAGCAGAGAUCAUGAAACCCUUGUAUGCAUCAACAGCCUUGCAUAAGAGAUUGCGGAGCAGGAAGGGACACCCCUUUCAACGUGGAAAUGGUUCUCUCUGA